AGUUCAUUGCAUGCCAUGGAUGUCUCCAUAUUUUAUUUCUAUCGGAUGUUUUUUAAUUUCAACAUCAUUGGUCGGGAAACGGUUGACGCACGUUGACGUUUGUGUUUGACAUGACAUAUGAGGUUAUGUAAUGUCACAGUGUAAUGGAUUUGUUUAUUUUGAUGCGGUUUGAUUUUUGAUUUACAUUUUGUUUGUGAAUAGUUAAAAAUACAUAUAAUUAGUAAAAUUUGCAUUUCUAUUUAUAAUUUAUUGAUAGAAAACGAAAAUUCAAGAUGCAACGAGAUCGCCGGGCGAAUGCCGGUAAUCGAAUGUUCAAACUUCUUGAUGAAGAAGAAGAGUGUCAGGAUGAUUUCUACAAACAAAAUUAUGGAGGAUUUCAAGAAACUGCCUCUGACAAUGAAUAUGAGGCUGUAGAUGAUGACGAAGACGUUGUCGACUCAGACUUUAGUAUUGAUGAAAAUGAUGAGCCUGUGUCUGACACCGAGGGAGACGAAACUCAAAAAAAGAAACGCAGACUGGUUACAAAAGCCUAUAAGGAGCCCAUUCAAAAAAAUGAAAAGCCUAAGUUACCAAAACUUCCUAAGUGUUCAUCGUCAGUUCCAUCUUCAAAAGUUAAACGAUCAUCUAGUAUUGGAAGCGAGUCAUUUGGUAGAAAAUCAGUAAGAAAGUCAACUUUAGCGAGAACUGCAGAAACAGCUCAACGUGUUAAAGUAAGGGAUCUCGAGCAAAGAAAAAAGGUUAAAAAACAAGUAGCUGAAGAGUGGAUACCAACGCAGGAAGAAUUAUUGGAAGAAGCAAAAAUUACUGAAGAGGAAAACAUAAAAUCUCUUGAAAGGUAUCAAAAAUUGGAAAAUGAGAAGAAAGCUAAAAGACCCUUGAAAAAAAAUUAUUCUGGUCCUAUGAUACAAUACAGAUCAACUAGAAUGCCCAUCAUAGAAGAAAUAAUCGUAAAUGACAGUGAUAUUAAGCAAGAAAAUAUAAAAUCUGAGAAGAAAUACUGCGAGAGGACGUUUAUUACUGUGUUAAAUGAUCCUAAUGAUAUAAUUUUCAAAAAAGCUUUCAACAUCAAACCACCACCUUUACUACCUAAAAAGUUAAAAUGUGCAGUUACUGGUAAACCGGCAAAAUACGUAGAUCCAGUAACUUGUGUCCCCUACCAUAGCAGCACCUGUUUGAAAAUCAUCAGAAUGGCAUAUUAUGAUUAUUUAGAGCACAAUGGUGAUAAAAAUAACUCCAUGGUUGCAGAAUUUUUAAGAUGGUUGUCCCAAAACAAGAAGAGGUUAAGAAAUGAGUUGGUACUUCCAGAACAAAAAUUAUAUUUUUAGUAAUUUAAGUUAAAUAUGUGAUGAUACUAAUAGCUGUAUUUUUGAUUGAUAUUUGUUUUAUUUAAUAAGUAUGUUCAUUUAUGUUUUUAGAAUCCUUACUUUUUACCUUCCUCAAUAAGAGGGCAGUACCUUCCGAGAUUAUUUCAGAUUUUCAUCUUUCUGGGCCCCUAAAUUACGAGAAACAUGUUUCCCAUAGCUGUCAGAAAAUCUAGAUACCGCUGUGGGUAUGCUGUCAAUACAAUAAAAUGACUCCCUUCAUAAUGGCCGCCUUAUUUAGUGGAUUAUGUUUUGGCUACACCGAUUUUUAAUUUUUGUGUUUUGUAAUAGGUGAACACUGACAAUAUGCAUUUUGUUAUUAUUUGUGAGUGAGUGAAAUGAAUAAUUUAUAGCUUAAAAUUAGGGACAACACUUUGACAAACCUUUUUGGCUUGUCAAGUUUUGUUCAAUCGGGACCGGUUUUUUAAAGUUUUUCGUUCUCGAAAUGCUAUAUUCACACAUACUACAAUUAAUUCCAGUGAAAAUUAUAUAAUUUAAUUCAAUUUACAAGUAACUUAAAAUCAUCUAUGUUUAGCAAUGGAUAUAUUAUAGUUAAUG